AUGAUCAAUGCCUUCAGUGACAUCCCGGCAAAGGUGGCAGUAGUCAGAAGCAGUAAGAUGUCUCCAUUUCCGUUCAGCAUUACACAUAAUGGGGCCGUGAGUUAUAAGCCACAUAAAGAACUUGAUUCUGUUGAUUUGUCUGGUCUUCCAUAUAAGAUUCCAAUUUACAUUCUUUUAAGUAUGAUUUUUGAGUAUUUCCAGGGCACCGGAUGGGAUGAGGAUUGCGUGAAAGAUAUUUUUAAUGAGCGGGAUGCUCAUAUUAUCUUAAGCAUUCCGGUGAGCAUACGACGACCACAUGAUGCAUGGGUUUGGUACAAGGAGCCGAAAGGUGCUUACACUGUAAAAUCUUGUUAUCGAAUGCUGCUAGGGGAGGUGCAUGAUGAUCGGCCAUGGCGCAUUAUUUGGAAUCUAAGAGUUCCUCCCAAGAGUGAGGAGACAACUUGUCAUUUGUUUAUGGAAUGCCAGCAUGCAGUGAGUAUGUGGACUAAUCUGGGAAUUUCUUCCUCUGUUAAUGCUCAAGGUACUACUUCUGAAUGGUUUUUAAAUUUGAUAGCCACCUUGCAUGAAGAUAUGAAAAGUAAAUUUGUUGUGUUGUGUUGGGGUCUAUGGAACAGCAGAAAUGCAACAGUAUGGAAAGGGGAGAUUUUCAACUGCAAUGCUAUGGUUCAGUCGUCCAUCUCUUUCUUGACGAACUGGACUGCAGCGCUGGAGCCUUGUGUAGUGUCCACUAGGAAUGAACCUUUACUGCAGAGAUGGAGGCCCCCAAUUAAUGGCCGGUUAAAACUAAAUACUGAUGUUGCUAUGGACUCCCAAAACAAAGCUAUGGGAUUAGGGUGGUUGUUACGUGCUGAAGGAGGUAUCUUUUUAGCAGCUAAGUCUCUCCGGUUCAAUGGCAAUUUUAGUGUCCAAGAGGCCGAGGCUGUGUGCAUUCGAGAAGCGUUAAGCUGGCUAAAGGGAACUGGGAUGGGAGAUGUGGACAUCGAAACUGAUUCUCAACUUGUCUAUUAUGCAUUAACUUCAAGUUCUUUUGUUUCUAGUUUUGGUUUUAUUAUUGAUGAUGUAAAAGAAGUUGCAUCUAUGAUCGAGGGUGUAGACUUCUAUUUUGCUAAGCGAUCUGCGAAUCGUGCCGCACACCUACUUGCUCGUGAGGCCGUUUCUAUGUCAGGUUGCGGGGAGUGGUUUGAUACCCCUCCUCAGUUUCUUGUUGACUGUCUUUUAUCGGAUUCAAUAAAUUAA